AUGCCUAUCUCAGGAAGGAGAAGGAACAAGGUCAAGGGUGUCCAGUUCACCAUCAUGGUCGUCGGUGCAUCGGGCACUGGGCGUACGACCUUCGUGAACACGCUGUGCGAGGCGGACGUCCUUCAGCACAAGGAGAUCGAGUCUCCUGAGUCCGUCCACCUUGAGCAGGGCAUCAAAAUCAAGCCUGCCAACGUUGAGCUGGAAGAGGAUGGCAUCCGUAUCGCACUGACGGUGGUUGACACCCCAGGCUUUGGGGACAGCAUCGACAACGAACACGGCUUCCAGGAAAUCAUGCACUACCUCGAACGCCAAUACGACGACAUCCUCGCUGAGCAGUCGCGCAUCAAGCGCAACCCCCGCUUCCGGGACAACAGGGUGCAUGCCCUCCUGUACUUCAUCCCUCCGACAGGACACUCCUUGAGGGAAAUGGAUAUCGAGCUGAUGAGGCGACUAUCACCGCGCGUAAACGUCAUCCCCGUUAUUGGCAAGGCGGACUCGUUGACUCCGAAGGAGCUAAAGGCCUUCAAGAAGAGGAUAAUGGAGGAUAUUGAUUUCUAUGAGAUCCCGAUUUACAACUUCCCGUAUGAUGUAGAGGAAGACGACGAGGACACAAUCACGGAUAAUAUGGAGCUAAGGGCCCUCUUGCCUUUCGCUGUCAUUGGGUCCGAAGAAGAGAUUGAGAUUGAAGGGGAGCCUGUGCGUGUCAGGGUCUACCCUUGGGGCACGGUCGAGGUGGACAACCCCAACCACUCCGACUUUGUCAGGCUCCGCAGUGCGAUUCUUGGGUCGCACUUGAACGACCUGAAAUCUCUGACUGAAGAUAUUCUCUACGAGACUUACAGAACAGAGAAGCUUUCCAGAAGCGCGGAUUCGAACAUUCGGGAUUCUCAGAUUCUUCCUCACGAGCUCGCGACUCAGAGCGUGCGGAUCAAGGAGGAGCAGCUUCGCCGCGAGGAGGAGAAGCUUCGCGAAGUCGAGUUACGAGUCCAGAGGGAAAUCAACGAGAAGAGGCAAGAGCUGAUGGCCAAGGAGGCUGCUCUCAGAAACCUCGAAAGCAGGAUUACAGCUCAGGCAGGAACUUCAUUCUAG